CUUCCUUAGACACGGAGAUGGAUUUAGGUAAUAAUGCUAUUCUGCAGAAAUGUUCAGCGGCUUAGAGUAGGUGUAGCUUUCGAGCAUCGGACUUCCCCACAUCAGAGAUCAGGGUUUAAGGGGGGGACAUCACAUUUCCUGCGUCGCCCUCAGAUAAUCGCCGGCGAUACAGUGGUGCGCCUGUAAGGUCUCUCUCGUGCUGAACUGACAGCUGUAAAAAACUGGGAGUGGAGAUUUUGAGGGCACAACGCCCGUUUUAGGAUCAGUAUUAACCGCAAGUGUCAGUCUAUCUUAUCGGAGAGCUAUUGCAAAUUUUCAAUUCAGCAAACUCGCCGGAAUGAAUCUUUUCUGGAGCUUGCAGUAUGAAAAGGAUUAAACAACUGAAAUAUCCAUUUAAAAUCUCCCCAUGACGCAGUUAAAUGACAGAAAUCCUGCUGUUCUAUUUAAAAAGCUGAAAAAAAAUUAAAAGGAUGUUGUCCAGGAUUUCCCAAGGAAAAAAACACAAUUCGACAUGGCUGUUUUUGAUGUGAUGUGGAAAUUAUUAAACUAAUUAAAUGAACUCAUUCGCUCUGGAUGCAAUGCUGUAAACAACGGAAUUUCACAUCUAUAAGUAAAGCCUAGCAGAGGAGGAUCAGGAUGAAAAGAUGGCAGCCAUGCUUCUACCAACCGGACCCGAAGGCUUGCGGCAGUUCACUCGCGAAUCCUUGGCUGUCAUCGAGCAGCGGAUCGCAGACGAACAUGCGAGGAACUCCAAGAAGUACCAGGAGGACAUGGGAGACGUGGAGCAGCUCAAGCACAGGGUGGACCUGGAGGCCGGGAAGCAGCUUCCACGCAUCUUUGGAGACAUCCCCACCAAGCUUGUCGGUGUACCUUUGGAAGACCUUGACCCGUUUUACUUCAAGAACCAGAGAACAUUCGUAGUGCUGAACAAGGACAAAGCCAUCUUCCGGUUCAGCGCCACCUCGGCCCUGUAUAUUUUCAGCCCCUUUCAUCCCAUCAGAAGAAUCUCAAUAAGAAUUUUAGUACACUCGUUGUUCAGUCUCUUCAUCAUGUGCACAAUAUUGACCAACUGUUGCUUCAUGGCCAUGUCCGAACCAGCUCAGUGGGCCAAAUACCUUGAGUACACUUUCACCGGCAUAUACACGUUCGAGUCAAUGAUAAAGAUCCUGGCGAGAGGGUUCUGCUUCGGCCCAUUCACCUUCCUGAGGGACCCCUGGAAUUGGCUGGACUUCAGCGUGAUCAUCAUGGCAUACGUCACAGAAUUCGUGGACCUGGGCAAUGUGUCAGCACUUAGAACGUUCCGGGUGCUCCGAGCCCUGAAGACCAUCUCCGUCAUUCCAGGCCUGAAAACCAUCGUGGGUGCCCUGAUCCAGUCCGUGAAGAAGCUUGCAGACGUCAUGAUCCUCACCAUGUUCUGCCUGAGCGUCUUCGCCCUCAUCGGCCUGCAGCUCUUCAUGGGCAUGCUGAGGCAGAAAUGCAUCCGCAACCCCGAACACUGCAUCAAUGCCACCACCAACGGCAGCGACACCUUCCAGUGUGACAACCGAACCUGGGACUCCCUUGAGGACUUCCUGAACGAUGAAGAUAACUACUACAAGGUGGAAGGAGCGAAGGACGCCUUAAUAUGCGGGAACAGCAGCGAUGCUGGGAAAUGUCCAGAUGGGUUUGAAUGCUUGAAAGCAGGAAGGAACCCAAACUAUGGCUACACCAGUUUUGACAGCUUCGGGUGGGCGUUUCUCGCUCUGUUUCGCCUGAUGACGCAGGACUACUGGGAAAACCUCUACCAGCAGACUCUUCGCUCUGCAGGAAAGACCUACAUGAUCUUCUUCGUGCUGGUGAUCUUCCUGGGCUCCUUCUACUUGGUGAACCUGAUCCUGGCCGUGGUGGCCAUGGCCUAUGAGGAGCAGAACCAGGCGACCAUCGCUGAGGCUUGGCAAAAGGAGCAUGAGUUCCAAAUGGCGAUGGAGCAGCUGCGCCGGGAGCAACAGGCGAUAUCACAAAGGGCCCAUGAGACAGACUCCAUCCGAUCGCCAGAAGUUUCUCCCUUCACUUUGAGAGAUUCCAAAGUCCGGAAGAAACGGAGGAAAUCCCAGAGAUCCCCAUCGGAAGUGACAGAAGCUGAUGUGGAUGAAAAGAAUUUGGACUUGACUGAUGGGCCAAAAAUGCAGCACCUCCUUGUCCAGACCCUGUCAUCUCACCCUCUGAGCGCCAGAAGAGGAAGUCAGGUCAGUAUCUUCACCUUCCGGCUCCGCAAGGACUCGGAAGCGGAAGGCGACUACCUGGACACCCGGAGUGGCACCGGCUCUACGCCCAUUGCCUGGCCUAAACGACGGACAAGCAACCAAAGCAUGGGAAGCUAUGGCUCCCAGGUUUUCACGCCCACCCUGACCAUCAACGGUAGACUAGCUGUGGACCAGAACGGGGUCAACUGCUUGGGGCUGACUGUGCCACCAAGUCCCUUGGUGAAAUUCUGGGAUGGCAGUAGGUCCCCACGGCUGAGCGAGGCAAGUGGCUCACUGUACCCUGAGAGGCUGUCCCCGGACUUACUGGAGGAGCCCUUCUCCAGGAACAGACAGCCCAGCACAGCCAGUUUCCUCUCUGAUGCCAUGGAAGAACUGGAGGAGUCCCGGCAGAAGUGCCCCCCCUGCUGGUACAUAUUUGCCCAUAAGUACCUCAUCUGGGACUGCUGCCCCAUGUGGCUGAAGGUGAAAGAGUUGGUCACGUUUGUGGUGAUGGAUCCGUUCAUGGACCUGGCCAUCACAGUGUGCAUCGUCCUGAACACCCUCUUCAUGGCAUUGGAGCAUUACCCCAUGACAGAUGAGUUCAACAAGAUGCUUUCCGUGGGCAAUCUGGUCUUCACGGGCAUUUUCACAGCUGAGAUGGGGAUGAAGAUCAUCGUCCAGGAUCCUUACCUGUACUUCCAGCAGGGCUGGAACAUCUUUGACAGCGUCAUCGUCUGCCUCAGUCUGAUGGAGCUCGGUCUCUCCAAAGUGGGGGGGCUCUCUAUUUUGCGCUCCUUCAGAUUGUUGAGGGUCUUCAAGUUGGCAAAGUCCUGGCCCACCCUGAACACACUGAUCAAGAUCAUCGGCAACUCUGUGGGCGCACUGGGGAACCUGACCCUGGUGCUGGCCAUCAUCGUCUUCAUCUUUGCUGUGGUGGGGAUGCAGCUUUUUGGGAAGAACUAUCAGGACUGUGUCUGCAAGAUCUCCAAGGACUGCAUCCUGCCCCGAUGGCACAUGAAGGACUUCUUCCACUCUUUCCUCAUCGUCUUCCGGGUCCUGUGCGGCGAGUGGAUUGAGACCAUGUGGGACUGCAUGGAGGUGGCCGGCCAGCCCCUCUGCCUCCUCGUCUUCAUGCUCGUCAUGGUGAUCGGGAACCUUGUGGUGCUGAACCUCUUCCUGGCUCUGCUCCUGAGCUCCUUCAGCUCCGAUAACCUGUCAGCUCCGGAUGAGGACGGCGAGAUGAACAACCUGCAGGUGGCCCUCGCCCGCAUCCAUCGUGGCCUACACUGGCUGAGACAGGGCCUCUGUGCCGUCAUCCACGGUGACCUGAAGGCGCGCCAGAAGAGGAGCAAAGAGGCCCGGGCCUCGAUGAGGAUGAAGCGCGUGGGAAGCAAACCUGAGGCCAACGGUACCGUGCCCGGCAUGGGCCGGCUAGAGGAACGGCACGCCAUUCCUGAAGGUGAAGGUCACGAGACCCGGCCCAACAUCGGCAUUCCCAUUGCCACAGUGGAAUCCGAUGAUGACAUUCCGCCGGGUGAUGCGGUUGAAGAAAAUGUGGAGAAGCCUUCAGAGGAUGUGGACAGCAAACAGCAGAAGGACACGAUCAGCUUGUCAGAGGGCAGCACCGUGGACCUGAGGAAGCCCGGAGAGGAAGCUGACGAAUUGUCUGAGGCAGAUGAAGAGGCCACAGAUCCUGAAGACUGCUUCCCUGAGGCAUGUGCACAGCACUUCCCCUGCUAUGAUGUCGACACCACACGUGGGGUAUGCCAAGUCUGGUGGCGUCUCCGGAAGACCUGCUACCAGAUAGUGGAGCACAACUGGUUUGAGACCUUCAUCAUCUUUAUGAUCCUUCUCAGCAGCGGAGCCCUGGCAUUUGAGGACAUUUACAUAGACCAAAGGAAAGUGGUGAAGGUGGUUUUGGAGUUCGCAGACAAGGUGUUCACCUACGUGUUUGUUCUGGAGAUGUUCCUCAAGUGGAUAGCUUAUGGCUUUAAGAAGUACUUCACCAAUUACUGGUGCUGGCUCGAUUUUCUGAUUGUCGACGUAUCCUUGGUAAGCCUCGUAGCAAAUUCACUUGGAUACUCUGACUUGGCUGCCAUCAAAUCCCUCAGGACCCUCCGGGCUCUCAGACCAUUAAGAGCGCUAUCUAGAUUUGAAGGCAUGCGGGUGGUUGUAAAUGCCUUGAUUGGCGCCAUACCCUCCAUCAUGAACGUCCUACUGGUGUGUCUGAUAUUCUGGCUGAUCUUCAGCAUUAUGGGAGUGAACCUCUUUGCGGGCAAGUUCGGGAAGUGCGUGAACCGAACGGGAUUUAUAUACAAUGCCUCCAUCGUCAAUAACAAAUCCGACUGCCUAGCAAUGAACGACACGCAGUUCUACUGGACCAAGGUGAAAGUCAACUUUGACAACGUGGGAGCUGGCUAUCUCUCGCUUCUGCAAGUCGCAACUUUUAAAGGCUGGAUGGAAAUUAUGUAUGCAGCAGUGGACUCACGUGCUGUAGAGGAACAACCCAUCAAGGAAGUCAACCUGUACAUGUACCUGUACUUUGUAAUCUUCAUCAUCUUUGGAUCGUUCUUCACCUUGAAUCUCUUCAUUGGUGUCAUCAUUGACAACUUCAAUCAACAAAAAAGAAAGUUAGGUGGACAGGAUAUUUUCAUGACAGAGGAACAGAAGAAAUACUACAAUGCUAUGAAGAAGCUGGGAUCUAAGAAACCACAAAAGCCAAUUCCAAGACCUACGAAUAUACUGCAAGGAUUCUGCUUCGACUUAGUGUCAAAGCAAGCCUUUGACAUCAUGAUCAUGAUGCUGAUCAUCUUUAACAUGGUGACAAUGAUGGUGGAGACAGAUGAGCAGAUAGACUACAUGCAGAUCAUCCUCAACAAGAUCAACCUGGUCUUCAUUGUCAUCUUCACCAUGGAAUGCGUCCUCAAGAUCAUCGCCCUUCGGCACUACUUCUUCACUAUUGGGUGGAACAUAUUUGACUUUGUCGUAGUCAUUCUCUCCAUAGUGGGUAUCGUUCUUGCUGACAUUAUACAAAAAUACUUUGUGUCGCCAACCCUUUUCAGAGUCAUCAGACUCGCAAGAAUAGGACGCGUCCUCCGACUUAUACGUGGAGCCAAAGGGAUACGAACUUUACUCUUUGCCUUAAUGAUGUCGUUGCCGGCAUUGUUUAAUAUUGGGCUCCUGCUUUUUCUCGUCAUGUUCAUCUAUGCCAUAUUUGGCAUGGCCAAUUUUGCUUAUGUGAAGAAACAGGGAGGAAUCGACGACAUGUUUAACUUUGAGACUUUUGGGAACAGCAUGAUCUGCCUCUUUCAGAUCACCACCUCGGCUGGAUGGGACAGUCUGCUCAAUCCCAUUCUGAACAAUUCUCCAGAAGAGUGCAACCCCAACAUUACCAACACUGGCACCAGCACUAAAGGGAAUUGUGGCAAUCCCUCAGUAGGCAUUGCAUUCUUUGUUAGCUAUAUCAUCAUCUCCUUUCUUAUUGUUGUGAACAUGUACAUAGCCAUCAUACUGGAGAACUUCAGCGUGGCCACGGAGGAGAGCACAGAGCCUCUGAGUGAGGAUGACUUUGAGAUGUUCUAUGAGGUCUGGGAGAAGUUCGACACAGAGGCCACCCAAUUUAUUGAAUACUCCAUGCUCUCCAACUUUGCAGACUCCUUGCGAGAGCCACUGCGAAUCCCCAAGCCCAACAAGAUCAAACUCAUCUCGAUGGACUUACCCAUGGUCAGUGGGGACAGAAUCCACUGUCUCGACAUCUUGUUCGCAUUCACGAAAAGGGUCUUGGGAGAGUCUGGGGAAAUGGACGCCCUGAAGCAGCAGAUGGAGGAGAAGUUCAUGAUGGCCAACCCCUCCAAAAUGUCCCAUGAGCCCAUCACCACCACCCUGCGAAGGAAGCAGGAGGAGGUGUCCGCCAUCGUAAUUCAGAGGUCAUACAGGAGGCACCUAAUGCGAAGGCACUUGAAGCAGGCUUCUUUUCUCUACCGCAAGAUCAACAGCGAUCACCCCACUGAUGAGGAAGACGCUCCUGAGAAGGAGGGACUUAUAGCCUCCAUGAUCAAGGAACACUACGGCCAGGACAUGGAAAUAAUGGAGACAAUGUCCUCCACCUCUUCACCACCAUCUUACGACAGUGUGACGAGGGCUACUGGUGGCCUUUACCAAGUUCUGAUACCUGAAUCCAUCAAUAAUGAGCAGACUGAAGCCUACCGGCCCACAGAGAGAGACCAUUAAAUGUAAUACUGAGACGUAAUUUAAAGACUGUCACAUUUUUUACAGGAUUUACUAAAACCCAAGCAACACUGACUCAGUCUCAAUGUGAAACCUCAGGGUUUCGUACAAUAAUGUAUCUGAUUUUUUAAAAUGCAGAGGGGAAAAUGUAAAAACAUAAAAACACUUUACACAGCUUACAUUGACUGUGCUGAACAACUAUUUGCAUGAACGACAUGUGCGGGGUUACUACAGUUAUAUUACUAAUGUAAUUAUUUAAUAGGCAAAAAAUUACAAUUCCUCAAUAUUUACUAAAUAUGCCUGGCUGUAUAUGUUUAUUAAAGGUCUUAUAA